AUGUCAGCGAAGGACGGCGAUGAAGGUGAUGGGUCAGGCUCGGAGAGCUUGCCCGAAAAGCCGCAUGAAAUUAACUACGUGUUUCAUGGGGGCAUUGUACAGCAUGAGUAUGAGGUUGGUGUUCUCUCCGUGGGAGACCGGGAUGCUCCCAAAACGGUUUCAGUAAUCCUGAUUUCGGCUUUUGAAGGCAACCGUGUGGUUGCAGCCCUCCCUAGAAAGGCUUGGGAUCGGAAGGACAGCAAUCGUCGCUUUCCUUCGGGCCCCUUUGCAAAGCCUACUAUGAUCGAAGUUGCAGCUGCUACAUUUGAAGAUAGGGAGCAGCCUGCAGGCAUUAAUCUCAAAGUUUGGAUUGGGUUGUUGAGUCGGGAUGUUGCCGAUGCGGCUGUCUUCGGCGGGCAGGCUGACAAAAGCGAUGUCACUUUCCAAGAUUCUUCUUCUCAGUUCAUCUUGCCGUUGGCAGCGGGCCUUGUGCAAGCUGCUGAUGGCCAGUUUUCUUUUGUGACUGCGCCUUCUGCGCCUGAUCAUCUCGAGGCUCGCCUUAGUGCCCUAGAGGCCUCGAUUGCAAAGCUGACCGACUUUGUCACUGGUGCAGCUCCCUCUCAGAAGCCUCAAGGAGUUGCUGCACCGCGUGCAAAGAAUGCCGCUGGCCCUUCUCGACAGAAGACUGCGAAGCCUGGCUCAGUGCCCGGCACCCCGGUCCACCACGGUGCUGCUCGCGACUUGCCUGGAUUUGACCCUGCCGUUGUUCGGGCUGCACGGGAGAGCGGCAUUGGCCAGCACGAGCUUCAGGAACUUGAAGGUUUGUUGACAAGCAAGCGGCCCGCACUCGGCGACUACACAGCGGCCCCGACUGCUGCUCAGCCUCUUGGGCCUCCUUCGGAGCUUGACGCCCGGUCGCAGGCGAGCCUUGGUAUUGGGCAGCUUGAUGAUCUUGAACUUGGGGCGAAUGGCACACCCAUCGAAUCAGGUGUGGUUGCCCUGACGCGGAUCGUGGCCGACUUGUCAAAGCAAAAACGGGCCGCCUCUGAUCGUCGGGGAGGUUUGGAAGCGGUUCUCGAUCGAGCUGAAGGUUCUUCUCUUGCUGCACUCGAAGCUGGUGGGUCUUCCUCCGGCCGUCUGCUUCAAAAUGCUCUUAAGAAUGAACCUGAGGCCAUCUACACGACUAUCGAACGGCUCCUCACCGAAUACCUCCUUCACCGGCGCGAGGGGACGGACUUAGCAGGUUCCUAUGCUUCGUCGAGAGCUUGGUUGGAACACCGCUCCAACCUUGGAGGCUAUGGCACUACGGUCAGACUCACCUGGAUUCUCUGCGGAGUCUGGGAUGCAUUGCGGAAUGAAAAUGUGGCGGAAGCGCGAGCACGCGCUGCACUGGGAGUGGCAUGUGCAGACCAGCAGUCACUUGACAAUGGGAGUUGGGUUUUGGCCGAUCAGUUCAGUCUGGAGCGGCUACCGCCCAUGGCCUCCUUUGCGUCUCGUGGGCAGAACUUGGACUUCACCGGGUCCGGGCCGGGUCGGUCUUUUCUUUUUGCUCCGGUGAGCUCUUUGGCUGCUCCGCUGGCUCGGGGUUGGUCUCGAAUCAGCGAGGCAGUCUUUGCUUGGAACUCGUAUGGUCCUGUGACCGCUGAGGCUAUGGGACGUACGGCUGGCAAAGUGGGUGGCGCUGCUCCGCAACUUGAUUCUGUGCCAAACCUUAACCUGGCGAAGGAGGUCGAUGUGAGCCGUCUCAGUUUGCCUCCGGAGCCUCCGGCUUUCGAUCCCAGCUCCCUGCUGGAUCGCCCGAUGCGGGAGCUUUUUCUCUCGCCAUCGCGCUUCUCUGUGCCUCUGGAGGAAGCAGCUUCCCCUCCACCUCGUGUAAAGUCUCGUGCUGCUAACAAGCAGGCUCGCUUGGACUUCUUGAGUGCCUUGGAUCAGGCUGGGCGUUUGCGCUUGUUCGAUGCAGAGGCCCAUGACCCCAGGACAGCGUGCGGGCUGUUCGCUUUGCCGAAAAGCAUACAAGCGGACCUGCAACACCUCUCGGCAUUCAAGCCUCACAUGUGGCAAUGGCGGCAUGUCUCCGUGGCCUUGGGUACGAUGGCCAUGGGCGACACAAACUCCGUGUCUAUAGGUCAGGCUGCACAUGUCGGGUUAGCCCUGCAGUACCUCGGUGUGGAUUUCGAGCAUGUCCUCUCCAUCCGGGGUCGUGUCCCGCGUGGUCCUUUUAUGUUGGAGAGUUCUGCGUGGGAAAACGAUCGACGUCGGUUCUUGUCGGAGCCCGUUGGUCUGGAACGGCCCUGCUGGGCCCGUCUGAUCCCUCUCGUGGCCUUGACUUUGGCGGUGAUGACUUCGCCCUUUGUGUCAGAGGUUCUGGAGGGUUCUUGGGUUGCAGUCUUCUCCUUCAAGCGUCGAGCUAUGUGCCUGCUUGAGGAGGUGCACCGCGCACAACGCGAUCGCGCUCGCUCUGAUCUUUUGGCUCUUUCGGUUCCUUUGCGUGCCGAGUUUUUCCGUUGGGCACCUUCGCACCUCUUGUGCGCACCGACUUGCUUGCGACGUCUUCUGGCCUCCUGGUCGCUACGGAUGCUUCGGACGAUCUCGGGGCUGUGGUCACUACAGCUGUUGCACCUGCUCUUUGCCGCGAGUUGCAGAGACAUGUUCCGAUCAAGGGGCAUUGGGCGAGAUUGCUGGCUCCGGUGGACGCUCUCCUUAGGGGAAACGGUGUGCUGCCUGCCUCUACAGAACUGCCAGGGGAAGGCUACCCCACUCACCCGGUAUGGUCUGACCUUGCUAGGUGAGAGCGAGGAUGCAGUUUGCACCGCUUUCUCCGAGCACUUCUGGAGUGUCUGGGGCUCCAACUUCUACGCUUCCCAGUGGCUCCCGCGGAGUAUAGCAAAGGCCGUUGUACGCUCCGGCUGUGCUUGGGCCUUGACCUUCGAUUGGGCACACGACCACUGCUGCCCUGUGCUUCUGGACUUUCGACUUCUGCAGAUUCGGCCAGCCAUGGAAGAAGAGGCGGCCAAUCCUGGACCUUCGCGAAAGCGCCGACCGAGAACCGGCUCUCUCUUUGACAUCGAGCUCGUCGAGGCAAAUCGCUGGGAGGAGCUGGAGCCAGUGAGCCAUCGCGUCGGGCUUGCUCUAGCUCUACGCUGGAGGCGAUGGGCUGCUGUCACUCUGGCCACUUUCUAUUGUGUGGCGCGGCCGGGGGAGCUUAUUGGUGCAAAGAGGUCUCAAGUGUUGACGCCGAUCGACUUGAUGGACGAGGCGACGUUGGGACAAGCUGCUGGCGCUGUUGGGGACCCCGAAGACUUUGCAGUUGUUAUGAGCUUUCAACUACAGCCGGCUCAUUUCCCGAAAGAGUAUGCUGCCGCAAUCGUCGAGACGCAGGAAAUGAAGCAGGACAUCCAGGUGGCGGAGCAGGAAAACAAGACAAAGGUCAUCCGAAAGCAGACGGAGCUCUUCAGCGCGAGGCAGCUCGCCCACCAGAUCGUCAUCAAAGCCGAGGGCGAUGCACAGCAAACUUUGGUUUCCAACCAGGCCGACGUUGCCCAAUUCAAGUACCGGCAACAGGUCCUUGCCGAGGGAUAUGCACGUGCGCUGCAGUUCUUCAGCGCCAGUGGCCAGGACGCGGUCCCGGAAUUCUUGAGCUACAUGAAGCUGGAGGCAUUUUGGGCUCUCAUUGGCUCUCAUCUACGCUGUCGCUGUGCUUCUUUCCUGGCAGAGGCUUUCAAGGCCCACGACAACAGCAAGAAGACCGUGAAGCUGACACCGGUGGGUAGUGGGAGGGCGAUUGUUGAGGUAGCAUCGGUGACGCAGGGAGUGUUGGAGCGAGUCAAUCGCUUGCGCUGGCCUCUUGGAAAGGUGCUGGUCGGCACAUUUGUUCCGAAGCUCCGAACAUGGCUUGAGGCCAUUGUGAAGGCUGCCAACUUUCUGGAUCAGGACGCGAUGUCUGUUGAUCUCCAGGACCUGCUCAGAGCACGCCACCAUGCGAUUCUCACUCGGCGCUCAACGCAGCACGUCGGAGUCAUGCUGUGUAAGCUGGAGCAGGACAGUCGGAAGUUGGCAUCGCUCGGUGUCGUCUUCAACUUCGAGGAACUUCAGAUCCACGAUGACGACCAGAAUGAGCUGGAGAGCUUUCAAGAUGUGUUUCAGCAGUUUAUCGGUCUGCAUCCAGGCCUGCCACUGGAGCCUCCCCCGGGGGAGGAGGAGGAAGACCCCGCUGUAACGAUGAAUCUGCUCGAGGGCCUCUCUGACCAGGCACCGACAGAGAUCCGGCGGCACAAGCUGCUAAGGUGGCAAUCAGCUUUGCGCCGCCUAGGCACUGGAGGUCUCGCUUCCGGUCCUUUGGUGCCAGAGCAGCCUUCCCUGGAGGUCCUGGAGUUGGCUACUACUCUGCUGCUCCCACAGCUGCUCCAUAGCAAGGCUUUGAGCUUCAGUGCGGGUAGCGACUCUGCGCGAAGCUGCCCUGCCUUCGACAUGUCAGACCAAGCUUUUGGGCACAUGGCCCCAAUGCCCAAUGUGGCUUUAGGCGAGCUGGAGGUGCUCCUCUGCGACAUCUUGGCGGAGCUCUGCGACCUUUACCCGAAACAUAUUUGUCCACUGCUCUGGCGCCUGUUUCGAGAAUAUUUGAAGGAUCCUGGGCACUGGCAUUCCUGCUUACUGGUGUUGGCCCUGCUGACACGGCUCUCGUGCUCCCCUCGGCCUCUGCCGUAUCGUUCGGAGGGCGGGGGGGGAGGGGGUGACAGUUUAACCGACCGCAACUCUUCAGCUUUCACUCGGGUGAUUCUUGAGCUUCCGCGAAAGUCGAGGAUGUGGAUGUAUAGCAGGGUCUUACACUUGUAUGUGAUGAAACAGGCGCAUCAGGGAAUGAGCAGAAGCAAGGCAACCAUGCUGGAAAAGCCCUGCGUUCCGGUCUCACCUUGGGCUCUGUGA